ACGGCAUCCUUUUAUUACCCAAAAUGCCUUAAAGACUUUUUCCCAAAAUCGGUUCCCACUUCCCCUCGAAAUCCCAAAAUUUGACAUGAUAUCUCUCUUUUUUCCCUCCUUUCUUUUUCCCAAAAUCGGUUCCCUCCUCUCUCCCCAAAGAAAUCCCAAGAUUUCACGUGAAAUUAGUAGAAGCAAUGAUUCUACUUCACUUCUCGAAUAGAAAAAGAAAAAACCCUAGCAGGUACACUCUUCCUUCACUUUCUAAACUUGAAUCUGUUAAUCAUCUAAAUCAAUGGCUGAAGAAGCAGUAGUAGCAUCGACGCCGCCUCAAUCAUAUGCGCCGCUGUUUUGAUCUACACAGCAGCGAACUCGUAUGUGAGGUUUUUUAAUUUGGGUGCUUCCAGUUUCAAUCGUCUUAGAAAUUCCUGAUACUUGUAGGAGUUUAAAGUCUUACCUAGCCGCAGUAGCUUUGGAUUAUGUCUUCAUUGUUCUACCCACACUUUUAAUUUUCACUGUUCUAGCAGAGUGGGUAUACAUAUGCAUGAUUGGGUUAUUGUUCUUGCUGAUCUUCUUUACUGCAGUCAAAAGAACUUACUCUUUGCCUUACAUGGAAGGACCUAAUGCUUCAAGGGCAAGCAUAUCAUCUUAUAGGGUUGUUAUGAUGUUUAUCACAUGCUUGUGUAUCUUGGCUGUUGACUUCAGAAUAUAUCCUAGAGAAUAUGCUAAGACAGAGACUUACGUGACUAGCUUGGUCUGGCAAGUUCUUUUGGCUGUUAGAGCUCUUGUUUUACCUCCAACUGAAGAUAUUGAAACCUGGCUCAAGUUUGCUUCUCUCUGUCGGAAGAAUGGAAGGAUAAGUCAAGCUAGGUCUACCUUAAUUAAGCUUUUACAGUAUGAUCCAGAAGCGUCUCCUGAAAAUGUAAGAUAUCACGGGCCUCCUCAAGUUAUGCUGGCUUACUUGAAAUAUCAAUGGUCGCUUGGUGAUGAUCAUGUUUAAAGGAAGCAUUUGCCAGACUGCAGAAUUUGGUUAGAGAGUUUUCAAUUUCCCUAAAUAUCUAAUCUAUUGCAUCAACUGCUUCAACGAGUGGUACAAAUGCAAAUGGUCCACUCUUGGCUCGCGUGUAUCAUAAACUUGGAGCUUGGCAGUGGUCACUAUCACCUGGAUUGGAUGACGAUUCCAUACAAGUUUGUUGUUGCAGCUGUCACUGGAUAUUUCCAUUCAAUAGCAUGUGCAGCAGACAUCCAAUUAUAUCCUUUGCUUGUCGCAGGAUUUUAACGUUGCUUAUAGACAGAUAUGUUGAAAGAAUUUCACGUAGAAUGGUAGGAUAUCGUAUAUUUACUAAUUUGUAAAACUAUCUUGGAAUUCACAAUCAUGAUUCACUAAACCGUGCUAUGCAAUUUUUUGCAUUGAA